CCUCCUCGGAAUCCUCACCCAGCUUCGCCCCGUUCGCCCGCCGUUCAGUUGGCGGGGUCUGCACGCUCGGCAGCUUGGGGCGUGGGACGGACUCUAAGAUGACUCGUCUGAGCCUCCAGACCUGAGCACUUCACUGGAAGUAGGCGCAUGGCCCUAUGACCAAGUGGAUAGCAGUCCUUAGGCCUGCCACCCGGAACCCUGGCUGAUCACACUGAAGCAGGAUGCUCCGUCAGGUGAAUGACCACAAUGCAGGCUCUGAUGGCCAAAGCAGGGUGUUCCUCAGAGAAGACCUGCAGGAGUUUCUGGGCAAGGAGGCCCUGCUGCACCAGCUGGAUGACCUGAUCAAGGUGAAUCCUGUGACACUGGAGACAGUUCUUAGGUGCCUGCAGGCCCGGUACAGGGCGGACAUAUUCUAUACCAAUGCUGGCUGCACCUUGGUAGCUCUGAACCCCUUUAAGCCAGUACCUCAGUUCUACACACUGGAGCUGAUGAGAGAGUAUCAUGCCGCACCUCAACCACAGAAACUGAAGCCUCACAUCUUCACCGUGGCUGAGCAGACCUACAGGAAUGUCAAGAGCCUUAUGGACCCAGUCAACCAGUCCAUUGUGGUCAGUGGAGAGAGUGGUGCUGGAAAGACAUGGACCUCCCGUUGCCUGAUGAAGUUCUAUGCUGUGGUGGCUGCUGCGCCUGCUUCCUGGGAGAGCCCCAAGAUUGCAGAGAGGAUCGAGCAGCGCAUCCUCAACUCCAACCCUGUCAUGGAAGCCUUUGGGAAUGCGUGUACGCUGAGGAAUAACAACAGCAGUCGCUUUGGGAAGUUCAUCCAGCUGCAGCUGAACAGGGCCCAGCAGAUGACAGGAGCUGCGGUUCAGACCUACCUCUUAGAGAAAACCCGCGUGGCCUGCCAGGCCUCCAGUGAGAGGAACUUCCACAUCUUCUACCAGAUCUGCAAAGGAGCCAGUGAGGACGAGAGACUCCAGUGGCACCUUCCCAAGGGAGCUGCCUUCUCCUGGCUGCCCAACCCUGAGAGAACUUUGGAAGAGGAUUGCUUUGAGGAGACCCGAGAGGCCAUGCUGCAUUUGGGCAUCGACACUCCCACCCAGAACAACAUCUUUAAGGUGCUUGCUGGGCUGCUGCACCUUGGUAACAUCUGCUUUGCUGACUCAGAGGAUGAAGCCCAGCCCUGCCAACUGAAGGAUGAUGCCAAGUGCUCUGUCAGGACAUCAGCCUCACUGCUGGGACUCUAUGAGGACAUGCUGCUGGAGACAGUGCGGAUUCGAACCAUCAGGGCAGGCAGGCAGCAGCAGGUGUUCCGGAAGCCCUGCUCCAGAGCAGAGUGUGACACCCGCAGGGACUGUCUGGCCAAAGUGGUUUACGCCCGACUCUUUGACUGGCUGGUGUCGGUGAUCAACAGCAGCAUCUGUGCAGACCCUGACUCAUGGACUGCCUUCAUAGGCCUUCUGGAUGUAUAUGGAUUUGAGUCAUUUUCUGACAACAGUCUGGAACAGUUGUGCAUCAACUACGCCAAUGAGAAGCUGCAACAGCACUUUGUGGCUCACUAUCUCAGGGCUCAGCAGGAGGAAUACACACUUGAAGGCCUGGAGUGGUCAUUUGUCAGCUACCAGGACAAUCAGACCUGUCUGGAUCUCAUCGAGGGGAGCCCUAUCAGCAUCUGUUCCCUCCUCAACGAGGAAUGCCGUCUUAACCGGCCAAGCAGCGCAGCCCAGCUUCAGACACGCAUUGAGAAUGCCCUGGCCAGCAGCCCGUGCCUGGGCCGCAAUAAGCUUAGCCGGGAGCCCAGUUUCAUUGUGGUACAUUAUGCAGGGCCUGUGCGGUACCUCACAGCAGGCCUGGUGGAGAAGAACAAGGACCCUGUGCCUCCUGAACUGACUGAGCUGCUCCAGCUAUCCCAGGACCCCCUUCUCACAGUGCUGUUUCCUACUCAACCUGAAGAGAAGAAUCAGGAGGAGUCCCUUAGCCAGAGCAGGGUCCCUGCGUUGACUGUGGUGUCCAAGUUCAAGGCCUCCCUGGAACAGCUUCUGCUGGUGCUGCACAGCACCACACCCCACUACGUUCGCUGCAUCAAGCCUAACAGUCAGGGCCAGCCACAGACCUUCAUCCAGGAGGAGGUCCUGAGCCAGCUGGAGGCCUGUGGCCUCAUGGAGACCAUCCACAUCAGUGCUGCUGGCUUCCCCAUCCGGGUCUCUCACCAGAACUUCAUGGAGCGGUAUGCAUUACUGAGAAGGCUCCGUUCUCCCACACCGUCUGGACCCCAUAGCCUGCCUGCUGCCAGAGGGCACUCUGGAUGGCUUCCAUGCACUGAGGAGGCUACGUUGCAGACUGUCCUGCAGGACCUUCUCAGUGCUCUGCCUGCGCUAACUCAGACGGCAGCCAUACCUGCUGACCCACUGCACUGCGGCAAGACCAAGGUGUUCAUGACGGAGUCCACGCUGGAGCUCCUGGAAAGAGGGCGUGCCCAGGUGCUGGAGCAGUGUGCCCGCUGCAUUCAGGGUGGCUGGAGGCAACACCAGCACCGAAAGCAGGAGAGGCAGAGGCAGGCGGCCAUCCUCAUUCAGGCAGCUAUUCGUUCCUGGUUAACUCGGAAACACAUCUGGAGGCUGCACUCAGCUGCCACAGUCAUUAAGCGCACCUGGCAGAAGUGGAGAGUGAGGCUCAAUAAAAUUUCACUGCAGAAAGUCUCCACUGCGCUAUGCUGA